AGUCCCUGUCUUUUGCAGGACUAGUGCUGCUAGCACCAAGCCAGAGUUUUGCAGUGGUGCUUUGAGUUGCGUGGUCAUCGGCAGAAGACAAAGUCUGCAUCAGAGCUGUGAUGAUUCAGGGGGUUUUAGGGUGGGUUUUUUCCUUCCUCCCAGCCAAUAAGAGCACUCAGAGGCACAUCUUCCCCCGCAGGAAGCAGGGCGAUCACUCCUCUCGUCGGCUGGCUUCUCUUCUGAAGUGGUGGAGAUGGCAGUGAACUCCACCUGCACCUUCGCCGCACUUUGCUGUUUAGCACUCUGGGGCUUUGCCAGGACUUCAGAUGCUACAUAUGUACCACCACCUCAUUCGACCAUGAAACCUGGCUUCCCUAUCCCAAUGAACACCAGCAAUCCUGGCGUUCGCAAGGCAGCUCGCUUUGGGGUUUACAAAUACAACAACAGUUCCAAUGAUGUCUUUCUGUUUAAGGAAUCACAGAUAAACAAAGCCAUGGUACAGAUUGUCAGAGGGCUGAAAUACAUGCUCCACGUGGAAAUUGGACGCACUGUAUGUGAGAAGAAGGAGCAGUCCAGCCUGGAUAGCUGUCACUUCCAGAGGAAAAAAAACCUGCAACAGAUGCUGAGAUGCUAUUUCGAGGUCUGGAUAAUGCCUUGGUUACACAAAGCACAUGUUCCCGUUGCUCUCUGUCACUGACCCACCUUUCCUCAUGAGAGCCUGACUUACAGGGGAUCUUCCACCAUGAGUUUUUCCUUGCCUGGAAUAUCAAGGCCAAAACUGAAGCAGGGAACGGCUGUACAGAAUCACCACAGAGCUUUUCUCUCAAAGCACAUGGUUGUUUUUCUCCCUUAGAAAGAUGCUCAAAAUCUGAGCGACAAAGACCUGCCUUGACCGAAUUUAUUGCUAUCCAGUUGUGUAUCUGUUUUUCCAAAACUAAACUGCAGACAAAAGCAUGUUGUCUUUCAUUCAGUAGAGCGCCAUCCACCUGCUGGCUGAAUUUCCAAGUAGCGUGAACACACCCAGGAAGCUCUGUUGGACUUGCUUUAUUCUGUGACGAAUCUUCACACAGCUAUGACAUAAACAAGUCUAAACCACAGCACAUGUGACUACAACACCCAGGAAAGCUUUACAACAAUGGGAUAUUUUGUGGGGAUACACACCCACAAAAAGCCUUAAGAGUCUCCAGUGCUAGAGAAAAGGUUAGACAUUAUCUGUCAGGAAUGCACUAGGUAGAGUUGCUCUUUCUUCAAGAGAAGAGUAUGGAUAAGGCUGUCUUCAAACACACCCACAGCCCAGAAAUUACACUAGUCUAACUAGUGCUUCUACUUUAAUCAAAACCUAAUCUAUACCAUGAAAGGCCAUGAAUGCAAAUGCUAAGACAAAUAAACCAAAUCAUAUUCCUAAGGCAUAUUUUUGCUGAGGUUAAACAAUGUAGUUUCAUUCAGGUUAAUAUAAGACAUUGAAUCUCUGUCUGACCACAGCUUAUAUUCAAGUUUAGUAAUAUGCUGGUCUUCUCUAGGUGGGCAUCUACCAUUCCUUCUGCCUCCACUCUUCAUGUAUGGACAGAUUAUCGCUUACACUGGACUAAGGCCCUUAUUCGUAAGGAUUUGGGUAACUGCUCCAUUAAUACAGCAACAAAGUCUGGACGCAUGUUCAGUCAUACACAGACCAGCACUUACAAAUGGAUAAGGCCCUGACCUAAGCUAUGAAGAACACCUUCUUUCCACAAACACCCCUUCUCUUCUAGUAGUUGUUGCCUUUCUCCAGCAAUAUUGCAACUCCUAUUAGCAGUAACAUCCACACUUUCAGUCUUUAUAAUAACCAUUCAGCCAAGAAAGGCUCCAGGCCAAGGUCCAGGGAUCUUAAGGCAGACAGAUCUGGCAAAGUCUUAAGUUCUGCUUCAGAAACAUCACUUGUGAUGAGCAGGUGGCCCAGAAGCAGUUCAAAUUCAGCAUCCAGUGCUGGAGAGACAGCUGCGCUGCAUCUUAUCUUUAGGGGCAGCAGUGUCUUAGCUGGAAAAAAAAAGAAGUGCUCAAAAGAAACCUCCAGAAGGGCCAUGGAUGGAUGUAGUGUGGUGCUACAUUCACCCAUCACACAAGCCACCAUUGACAGCCUAAUGCCAAAGACAAUGAAAAAGAAAGCCAAGUAUGGUGGCUCAAGUUGUCCGCAAAGCAGGAAAGCCAAGUCACAGCUAAGUUUGUAAGAGGGCAAGAGGAACCAGGAGGAGCUGCUCUCCAAAUCUCUAAGAGGUUAGCAAUGGUCUCAACUCCUCUUCCACCUCAGCUGGGUGCUCCACACAAUGCCAAGGGCUUCCAACCAGGCCAUCAGCUCCAGACAGCCUGGGCACAGAACAGGCCCGACAGAUCCACAUUUCUUCCUUCAGCCAGCAGGACAGCCUGGUGCUCAGUAACAGAUGUCACCAGCCUUUCCAUAUGCCACGGUAGAGCGAGAAGGCAGCACGCAAUCAGCUUAGGUCUGCACAGAGAUUCAUGGGGGCAGUAAGCAUACCACAGAACAGUCUCCCAUGUAGGGUCCCUUGAAGGGUCAUUCAAGCCCCUGGCAUAAAGGCCUUCAUCUCAGUCUCCUCACCAAGUCAAUUCCCCAUUUGUCAAAGAAACAAAAGUUAAAACCAGGUGAACCUGGCAUCAUGCAGCUUGACAAACCCAACAUGCUCUUGCUGCUCUCUCAAGGAAAAUGCAGCAAGAUCAUUCUGACCUCUGUCCAAAUACGCUUGUUUGGAAGCAUGUUUUACAUAAAACUGUUGCCAGCACUUACUGCAACACAGACGAGCUCAUUGCAACCAACACAGUGGGAAAGGAGACAAGCACCUUCUGAGAAAGGCAGAUUAGCCUUAUGUUUACAGCUGCAGCAAAGUGUUUACUGUAACAUUACAAUAAGAAAGGCACACUGGAAUAGCAGCAUCCAUCAUCAGAUCCCUGUUGUGAUCACUGAGCUGACAGACCCAGAAGCUUAGGAGGUCAUUAUCUCAUCUGCAAAGGUUACUGCCACAAAGCAGACUCAGAUUUAAAGGAAUCUGAUUUAUGCCAAGGCUUUGCAACCACUUUCAUCAGCUGUUUACACUGAGAUACCAACCUUUGCAUAAAAGUGUCAGGGGCACGCGAGUUAUCUUCCAACAGCUCUACUAUAGGAGAAGUUUGCUCCAGAAAAGGGACAGGGCAGUGAGCUGUGGAAUAGCAUUUUAAAUAGCUUCAGCAAAAUCUUCUUGAUACUUGCACCCCGCAGAAACAUCUGUUCCACCAACAAGGCAAAACAAAACAUACCUUUAAAACACACAGCUGCAGUGUACUCCAGCUCAGUUUCUUUUCCUUAGGCUAUUUUACUGCAGGGCUUUAUGCUAAAGUAAAGAUCUCCCCAAGCCCUUCAGAAGACCAGGCACUGUUCUCCAAUUCCACAUCCCAUAGUCUGUCCCAAAAGCUUUGGCAAGACACAGGAAGCACCCUCAGGCUCUUCUGAGAGUUGUGCAGAGAGGGUUUCCUUCCUUCUUAGGAAGCCAUAGCCCCUUUCUCCUGCCACCAAAAAACAAUCUUGCCCUGACAAGAUCUUUGGAUACUGCUGUAAAUGCUCCUGCUUCUUCCAGUGUGGGCGGUGUGUCAACACUAGAGAAGAGCCAGCCUCAGAGCUGCAAAGGCGUCAUGUUCCUGCACUGAUACCAUCAAGCAAGAAGACAGAGCUGUUUUUUUUGCAAGCCUGACUUGUUCCAGCUUUCCCCAUUGCUCAAGGCAGAUGUGUCACCAUCCACCUGAAACUGUAACAUGCCACUGGCUCACACUUCUGUGGAAGUGGAACAAGCCUAUAAAAGCAGUCUUCCCAGGAGCACCAAGAGGAGUUAAUGCCCAUUUGUUUGUCCCACAGGCAUUUUAAUGCUGCUGCAUUACUCUGGGAGGAUUGCAUUUGAGGAAUCAUCAGGGAUUAAAAGCACCUGAGCUUCUACAAAAACACUGUUCUUAAGCACCCUUUACACUUAGUAAUGAAAGAAGCUGUGUGUCAAGUCAACCUGUUUCAUCUGGGUUCUACAUCCUUUGCAUACAAAGGAUGGACUAUCGGGAUCCAGCACAGCACCAGGAAUGGGAGCCAACACCAUCUGAGCUCAGGGAAGGCACACCUUUCAGCCUCUGCACUUUGGGUCUCCUUGAACUGGAGGUAUGCAGACCCUGCAUUCAGAUACAUAUCAUAAGAUCAUUAAACUGCACAAUGACACCUCUACCUGAUACUGCAGUUCCACCCUGGUCCCCCACCAGUGUUGCAGCCAUCAUGACAGCAAUUUACCUCCUUUCAAUUUUUGCAGCCAUGGAGGCAUCAGCAGUCUUGGGCCAGACACCUGUCUCACCAGGAAGCAUCAAGCAUACUGACUUUCCCUUAGUGCCUCACAUGCCACCAUUUCACUCUGCUUCAGACUGAGCUCUAACUUACAGGGUCAAGCACAGCACUGAAAAACCUUGCAGACAAGUUUCAGGUCACUAUUAAAACACAGGAGACAGCCAGAUCACCUCCCUGUACGGGAAAGACUGACCCAUGUUUAUGUCCACGAAGCUCCAGCUAAAAUGAAAUGUUAAGGUUCUUACGACGAAUGAAAUACCAAUGGCCAGGUUAAGCAUGGCCUGUUACCAUGCAAAGUUUGUUGCUUAGGUUGGUAUUAAGUUGUGGCACCUACCACAGUUUACAUUUGGUGCUUUACAGACUUCAGUGGUCUCUACUUUUUUAAAGGGAACUGCUGACUGACUGGACCUGUACCCGGUGAACUCUCUCUAUUUGUAGAGGCUGGACAGACAGGCUUUAUUCAUUCUGAGAAAUUAAAUUGAGAAGAACUGCAUACUCUGUCCAAAGCCUUAACCUUUAGACAAACUCAUUUAGACUGACAGCUAUUCAACUACUUUCCAACGAAGCACAGAAAAGCAAUGAAAAAUUUCUAUUGCCCGGGGCAGACACAAUGACAGGCAGGGCAAGUAAUCAGAAACUAUAAAUGUGUAUUUGUAUGGGCACAAAUUCCUGCUUGCCUCUGAACCCUACUCCCAGAAUUUACCUCCUGCCCUCAGUGCAGAGCCUGCCUUUUGUCUGUCUG